GGGGCGGACGGCGGCGGCGGGCCCGAGCCCGAGAAGAUGGCGGUGCGGAAGAAGGACGGCGGCCCCAACGUGAAGUACUACGAGGCCGCGGACACAGUGACCCAGUUCGACAACGUGCGGCUCUGGCUCGGCAAAAACUACAAGAAGUAUAUACAAGCUGAACCACCCACCAACAAGUCCCUAUCUAGCCUGGUUGUACAGUUGCUACAAUUUCAGGAAGAAGUUUUUGGCAAACAUGUCAGCAAUGCACCACUCACUAAACUGCCGAUCAAAUGUUUCCUAGAUUUCAAAGCAGGAGGUUCCCUUUGCCAUAUACUUGCAGCUGCCUACAAAUUCAAGAGUGACCAGGGAUGGCGGCGUUAUGAUUUCCAGAAUCCAUCACGCAUGGACCGCAACGUGGAAAUGUUCAUGACCAUUGAGAAGUCCUUGGUACAGAAUAACUGCCUCUCUCGACCUAACAUUUUUCUGUGCCCAGAAAUUGAGCCCAAACUGCUAGGGAAAUUAAAGGACAUUAUAAAGAGACACCAGGGAACAGUCACUGAGGACAAGAACAAUGCCUCUCAUGUUGUGUAUCCCGUCCCCGGGAACCUAGAAGAAGAGGAAUGGGUACGACCAGUCAUGAAGAGGGAUAAGCAGGUUCUUCUGCAUUGGGGCUACUAUCCUGACAGUUAUGACACAUGGAUCCCAGCUAGUGAAAUUGAAGCCUCUGUGGAGGAUGCUCCGACUCCUGAAAAACCUAGGAAGGUUCAUGCAAAGUGGAUCCUGGACACAGACACCUUCAAUGAGUGGAUGAAUGAGGAAGACUACGAAGUAAAUGAUGACAAAAACCCUGUCUCCCGCCGAAAGAAAAUUUCAGCCAAGACACUGACAGAUGAGGUGAACAGCCCAGAUUCGGAUCGACGGGACAAGAAGGGGGGGAACUAUAAGAAGAGGAAGCGCUCCCCCUCUCCCUCACCUACCCCAGAAGCUAAGAAGAAAAAUGCUAAGAAAGGCCCCUCAACACCUUACACCAAGUCAAAGCGUGGCCACAGAGAAGAGGAGCAAGAAGAUCUGACAAAGGACAUGGAUGAGCCCUCCCCAGUCCCCAAUGUAGAAGAGGUGACAUUGCCCAAAACAGUCAACACAAAGAAGGACUCGGAGUCAGCCCCAGUCAAAGGAGGCACCAUGACUGACCUGGAUGAACAGGAGGACGAGAGCAUGGAGACCACGGGCAAGGAUGAGGAUGAGAACAGUACAGGGAACAAAGGGGAGCAGACCAAGAAUCCAGACCUCCAUGAGGACAACGUGACUGAACAGACCCACCACAUCAUCAUCCCCAGCUAUGCUGCCUGGUUUGACUAUAAUAGCGUUCAUGCCAUUGAGCGGCGGGCUCUCCCUGAGUUCUUUAACGGCAAGAACAAGUCCAAGACUCCAGAGAUCUACCUGGCCUAUCGAAACUUCAUGAUUGACACUUACCGACUGAACCCCCAAGAGUAUCUCACCUCCACUGCCUGCCGCAGGAACCUGGCGGGUGAUGUCUGCGCCAUCAUGAGGGUCCAUGCCUUCCUCGAACAGUGGGGUCUUAUUAACUACCAGGUGGAUGCUGAGAGCCGACCAACCCCAAUGGGGCCUCCACCCACGUCUCACUUCCAUGUCUUGGCAGACACACCAUCAGGGCUGGUGCCUCUGCAGCCCAAGACCCCGCAGGGCCGCCAGGUUGAUGCUGAUACCAAGGCUGGGCGAAAGGGCAAAGAGCUGGAUGACCUGGUGCCAGAGACGGCUAAGGGCAAGCCAGAGCUGCAGACCUCUGCUUCCCAACAAAUGCUCAACUUUCCUGACAAAGGCAAAGAGAAACCAACAGACAUGCAGAACUUUGGGCUGCGCACUGACAUGUACACCAAGAAGAACGUCCCCUGUAAGAGCAAAGCCGCAGCCAGUGCCACUCGCGAGUGGACAGAACAGGAGACCCUGCUACUCUUGGAGGCACUGGAAAUGUACAAAGAUGACUGGAACAAAGUAUCAGAGCACGUGGGAAGCCGCACGCAGGACGAGUGCAUCUUGCAUUUUCUUCGUCUUCCCAUUGAAGACCCGUACCUGGAGGAUUCAGAGGCCUCCCUGGGCCCCCUGGCCUACCAGCCCAUCCCCUUCAGUCAGUCGGGCAACCCUGUCAUGAGCACUGUGGCCUUCCUGGCCUCUGUUGUCGAUCCUCGAGUCGCCUCUGCUGCUGCAAAGUCAGCCCUAGAGGAGUUCUCCAAGAUGAAGGAAGAGGUGCCCACAGCCCUGGUGGAGGCCCAUGUUCGCAAAGUGGAAGAAGCAGCCAAAGUGACAGGCAAGGCAGACCCAGCCUUUGGUCUGGAAAGCAGUGGCAUUGCAGGAACCACCUCAGAUGAGCCUGAGCGGAUCGAGGAGAGCGGGACUGACGAGGCACGGGCUGAGGGCCAGGCCACAGAUGAGAAGAAGGAGCCCAAGGAUCCCCGAGAAGGAGGAGGGGUUGCAGAGGAAGAAGCAAAGGAGAAAACCAGUGAGGCUCCCAAGAAGGAUGAAGAGAAGGGGAAAGAAGGCGAUAGCGAGAAGGAGUCAGAGAAGAGCGAUGGGGACCCAGUAGUGGAUCCCGAGAAGGAGAAGGAGCCAAAGGAAGGGCAGGAGGAAGUGCUUAAGGAAGUAGUGGAGUCAGAGGGCGACAGGAAGGCCAAAGUGGAGCGGGACAUCGGUGAGGGCAACCUCUCCACCGCAGCGGCCGCUGCCCUGGCUGCCGCAGCCGUCAAGGCCAAGCACUUGGCUGCUGUCGAGGAGAGGAAGAUCAAAUCUCUGGUGGCCCUGCUGGUGGAGACCCAGAUGAAAAAGUUGGAGAUCAAACUUCGGCACUUUGAGGAGCUGGAGACAAUCAUGGACCGGGAGCGAGAAGCACUGGAGUAUCAGAGGCAGCAGCUCCUGGCCGACAGACAAGCCUUCCACAUGGAGCAGCUGAAGUACGCGGAGAUGAGGGCCCGGCAGCAGCACUUCCAACAGAUGCACCAACAGCAGCAGCAGCCACCUCCAACCCUGCCCACAGGCUCCCAGCCUGUCCCACCCACAGGGGCUGCUGGGCCACCGUCAAUCCAUGGCUUGGCUGUGGCUCCGGCUUCUCUGGCCCCUGCUCCUGCUGGCACCGGGGCACCUCCUGGAAGCUUGGGCCCCUCUGAACAGAUUGGGCAGGCAGGGCCAAUUGCAGGGCCACAGCAGCAGCAGCCAGCUGGAGCCCCCCAGCCUGGGGCAGUCCCAUCAGGGGUACCCCCCGCUGGACCCCAUGGCCCCUCACCGUUCCCCAACCAACAAACUCCUCCCUCAAUGAUGCCAGGGGCAGUGCCAGGCAGCGGGCACCCAGGCGUGGCGGGUAAUGCUCCUUUGGGUUUGCCUUUUGGCAUGCCGCCUCCUCCUCCUCCUCCUGCUCCAUCCAUCAUCCCAUUUGGUAGUCUAGCCGACUCCAUCAGUAUUAACCUUCCCGCUCCUCCUAACCUGCAUGGGCAUCACCAUCAUCUCCCGUUUGCCCCGGGCACUCUCCCCCCACCUAACCUGCCUGUGUCCAUGGCGAACCCUCUACAUCCUAACCUGACGGCGACCACCACCAUGCCAUCCUCCUUGCCUCUCGGGCCGGGGCUCGGAUCCGCCGCAGCCCAGAGCCCUGCCAUUGUGGCAGCUGUUCAGGGCAACCUCCUGCCUAGUGCCAGCCCACUGCCAGACCCAGGCACCCCGCUGCCUCCAGACCCCACGGCCCCGAGCCCAGGCACUGUCACCCCUGUGCCACCUCCACAGUGAGGAGCCAGCCAGACA